ACGCAAAGUCUUAUUUCCUUUUCAACAUUUCAAAUAAGGACGGUGAUCAUUGGUCGUUGAUGUUGAUACGCAUGCAUUAGCAAACGCGUCGUUUACGGAGAGUAGCAUUGCUCAUCAUGAUGCGCUACUGGGGCGAGAUCCCCGGGCCUGCAGGUGGCCCGGCCAGUCGCAGCUCCUUUGAUUUGCUCCAGCGUGAGUUUCGCUCUGUGGAGAUGCAGGACCCUCCGCUGCAUCAGCCGUCGGCCCAGCGCCCGCGCCCCACCACCAUGUUGGACGUCCCGUCAGAACCUUGUAGUCUGACGAUUCACACGGUGCAGCUGUGCCAGCAUGCCCGCCGCCUCCGUGGCCUUCUGGCGGCAUCUCAGGGUCAGAGCUCGGCGUCUUCGGAGGUUGGUGGCAGGCCGGAGGAUGUGGAUGCAAACCUGCCCUCGCGUCCUCCCACCCCACCUGCCAUGCCUGAUGACUUGCUACCAAUUGAUAGCAAAGAACCUCGACAACCCUUUCAGCUCCGCCACAGUGACCCUGAAAGUGACUUUUAUAGGGGUAAAGGGGAGCCAGUCACAGAGCUGAGUUGGCCCUCCUGCAGACAGCUCCUUUAUCAGUCGGUGGCCACCAUCUUGGCUCACGCAGGCUUGGAGAUGGCCCAUGAGAGCGUCCUAGAAACUCUGACCGAUCUGGUUCACGAGCACUACCUACGCCUGACCCGCCUUCUGCGGGUAGCUGUGGACAGGGAGGCCCGGCUGGGUGCCAGUCCCUUUCCUGAUGUGAUGGAGCAAGUUUUCCAUGAAAUGGGGAUCGGCAGUGUGCUUGCCCUGCAGCGCUUCUGGCAAGUGCGCAUCAAGGAUUAUCACAGUUACAUGUUACAGGUCUGUAAUGAUCUGUCAGAAGAAUACGAGAGGUUGGUGAAUCCAGAAAAGGCUCCGGAGGACUCCAAGCCCCCCAGGAUCAAGGAGGAGCCGAUGAGUGACAUUUCCUUCCCUGUUAGUGAGGAGCCAGAGGCUGACCUAGCAUCUGGGGACCAAGCCUUGCCCAUGGGGGUCCUCGGGGCUCAUGGUGAGAGGCUGUCAGCAGGCCUGGAUGCCGACCAUUCUCCUCACACCUCAGGUGGUGGUGUGGCCAACAACUCCCCCUUGUGGCCACACGUAAAAAUGGAACCGCACGAUGGCGAGGAAGGCCAGGGUGCUUCACAUCACCCCCAUCAUCAUCAUCAUCACCACCACCACCUGGGCGGAGACGUGUUUGACGAGGGUGGCCCCAUGUCGACAAUGAGCGAGUCUGGAGGCGCUAUGAACCCCUCUCCCGCUGGGGCGGCAUCAGAUGGCAGCUAUGCCUCACAUUCCCCGGACUCUUUGAUGAGCACCUCACCAGUCUUCAAUCAGAGACCCAAGAAACGAGCAAGGAAGAUGUGAGGUUGUUUUUUUAAAUUGAAUUGAAAAUGAAAGGAAAAAAAGUUGACCUGAUUGUUUUUGUCUUCAAAAACAAUCAAUUGUACAGUACAUAGUAAAGCUGCUGACAUUGUUAGACAUUGGUUAGCAAGAUUUAUCAUUGAUUAUGAAAGGAAGAAAACUUCGGAGUCUUCCUCUGCUUAUUUGAAAGGUUAUACAUGAUGGGAAAAGCAGGUAUGAACAUGUUUUUUUUAAAAUAAUCAUUUCCAUAAUUGGAUUGAAUGCUUUGUUUAAAUCUAAUCUGCACAGCCAGAAGCAGAAAUGUUGCUGCAUAUUGUUUUUAACUCCAGACCAAUCAUGUACUGUCCUCAGUAAGGCAACGUACAAGGGGCUGCACUAUACGUGCGCCACAUACCUAGCAACCUUCAGAUGUAAUGCUAAAUUAGCAUCUGUUCUAGCCAAGCUGACAGCGAGACACCAGCAGGAAGUGCCGUUUGCUUGUGCACAUUAUGAAGACAUCGUGCGUUCAGGCAUAAUGGCAAAGUAAUUGCUUAAUUUUUUCCUGCUCAAUGAGCUGAUAUAUUCAAAUCCACGGGCAGUUUGCUGCGCAUGUUCCGAGUGGGUGAAGUGCUUAUAGCCAGGUUUGUACUAACGUCUAAUUAAGUCCUGUGAUAGCUAAGUCACGGUUGUCUGAACAAAAAAAAAAAAAAAAAAAAGGGAUCUGCACCGUUCCCCCAUAUGUGGCAAUAAAGUGGCUUGGUUAAAAGUAGUUGGAGUGCUCAGCGGUAUCACGUGUAAUAUGUUUCAAAGUCUCUCCCUAACGUUUUCCAAACGUAUGUAAUAGUGCCACUUCCUAAAUGCGGCUCAUGGACAGCACAGAACAUCAUCAUCAUGAAUUUGUGCCAGAUUCCUGUGGUAAAACGUCAGGGCCAGUAAAGAUGAUGAUGAUGCAUUAAAGCGUCUCUGGUGGAGAUUUUGUACUAAAUGAUUUAAGUUUUGUUUUGCAGCAUGUACGAGCAAUGAAAAACAUGUUGCUUGUGAAUCUUCUCAAUUGCUUGAGGUCCCUUUGCUCUGCUUCUAUUUGCUAGUCUUAGGCCAUGUUGUUGACAAACAAGGGAUGGCUGGCUGAAAUGGAUUUUUUUUCCCCCAAGGUACCUUGUUUUCCAGGGUAACAGCUACAGAGGUGUGCCCGAGGCGCGCGAUGAGUUGAAUGACAUUUUUCAUGUGUUUAACAGAAAGUGUUUUUUUUUUUAAUUGCAAACUCAUUUAACUGGAGUUUUGAACUGAAGCAAUUGUUGCAUAUUAAAACAGUUCCACGUUGCCCACAUCAAUAUUUUGCCUAAAAUCAUGCAAAGCAGGAACAAAAUGUCACUCUUAAGAAAUAAAUGAAAAUUGUGAAAUUGA